AUGGCUCCGUGGCCUCACGGGAACGGCUCUCUGGCUUCGUGGCCGGAUGCCCCCACCCUGACGCCCAAUACUGCCAACACGAGUGGGCUGCCGGGGGUGCCGUGGGCGGUGGCAUUGGCGGGGGCGCUGUUGGCGCUGGCCGUGCUGGCCACCGUGGGAGGCAACCUGCUGGUCAUCGUGGCCAUCGCUCGGACGCCGAGACUCCAGACCAUGACCAACGUGUUCGUGACCUCGCUGGCCACAGCAGACCUGGUGGUGGGACUCCUGGUAGUGCCGCCGGGGGCCACCCUGGCGCUGACCGGCCACUGGCCCCUGGGCGCCACUGGUUGCGAGCUGUGGACCUCAGUGGACGUGCUGUGUGUGACGGCCAGCAUUGAAACCCUGUGCGCCCUGGCCGUGGACCGCUACCUGGCAGUGACGAACCCGCUGCGCUACGGCGCCCUGGUCACCAAACGGCGCGCCCGGGCAGCCGUGGUACUGGUGUGGGUCGUGUCAGCGGCGGUGUCGUUUGCGCCUAUCAUGAGCAAAUGGUGGCGCGUGGGAGCCGACGCCGAGGCGCAGCGCUGCCACUCCAAUCCGCACUGCUGCGCUUUCGCCUCCAACAUACCCUACGCGCUGCUCUCCUCCUCCGUCUCCUUCUACCUUCCGCUCUUUGUGAUGCUCUUCGUCUACGCGCGCGUUUUCGUCGUGGCUACGCGCCAGCUGCGCCUGCUGCGCGGAGAGCUGGGCCGCUUCCCACCAGGGGAGUCUCCGCCGGCCGCGUCUCGCUCUCUGUCCCCCGCCCCGGCGGGGCCGUGCGCUUCUCCCGCAGGGGUGCCCUCCUACGGUCGGCGGCCCGCGCGCCUUCUGCCUCUCCGGGAACACCGAGCCCUGCGCACCUUGGGUCUCAUCAUGGGGACCUUCUCUCUCUGCUGGUUGCCCUUCUUUGUAGCCAACGUGGUGCGCGCCCUCGGGGGCCCCUCUCUGGUUCCCAGCCCGGCUUUCCUGGCCCUUAACUGGCUAGGCUAUGCCAACUCCGCCUUUAACCCGCUCAUCUACUGCCGCAGCCCCGACUUUCGCAGCGCCUUUCGCCGCCUGCUGUGCCGCUGCCGGCGGGAGGAGCGCCACGCAGCAGCCUCCCGGGCUGGAGAAACCUCGGAUGCCCCUGCGGCGCUGACCAGGCCCGCAGAGUCGGGGCUUCCUGGGGGAAUUUCUUAGGUCCUGAACGACAAGAAACAACUCUGUUCAUCCAGAACUUUUGGAAAGCCUCUGGCCUCUGUUUAGAAUGAGCCCUGUGGAGUUUCCCAGCUGGAAAUCUCUGACCUCCAGAAACUGAACUUUUCUAAGCCCUGAACUUCACCACUACCUCAGCAGCUGAAGUAUCCAGCAGCCUGGAACAGCCGGACUAGCUUUGGUGGGACACCUGUCACCUUGCUCACUUCUGUGCUGUGUGCUUAGGGCAGAGACAGCACUCCUCCUUCCAUCCCUCCUGCUGCCUAGACCUGACGGACCACUCAGUGCUCCCCACGCUCGCUGCUUGCUCUGUGGCCUAAGCUGGGAGCAGGAAGCUAGCAAAGGUGCAGCUUUGGGGUUUUGUCCCUGACACAUCGCUAUGGAUCUCUAAGCACCGGCCUCCCCCACUUUGGACACAGGACAGCUCUGAUCUACCUCACAGCAGUGCCGGAAGGACUUCUUCAGGGUUUUUUUUUGGAGGGGGGGGGGGGGGGGGGUGAUGGCUCCGGGAUUCAUAGGAGGCCGAACCAUUAGAACAGAUCCCUUCUUUUCCUUUUAGCAUCAAAUGAAUAAAUAUUACU